AUGUUCAUGAUGCCAAUCUUCUGUGCAUUCAUUUGCGAUUACAAGUCCAAUACUGACAUAAGCCAAUAGAAAUAAAGGGUAUUAUAAUACUAGGCGGUACAAUAUCUCCGAUAUAACUACGCAAAGCCGCUAAAUACCAAAAUAGUCUUACCAGCGGAUAUUAGAGAAUCCAACUUCAUUAUUCUUUGUAUUUUUGCCAAGGCUAAGUAUUCAGAAAAGGCUAACCGUUGUGACUGUUGAAGGAUGGCAACUGUGGAGAUUGUUGUAGGACUUUUGCUCAUUAGUGUGGUGGCCAAUGCCAGAAGCACGGGCAACGAUGUAAAAGUGGUGCACGUGGUGAGAUUUGACGGCAACUUGGACGUGUGUCGAGAGGGCGAGGUGUGCGCGGACGUGUUCAACUUCACGCGCCUCAACGAGGACGGUUCCGGACAACUCGAGUCCAGGUUCAUCCAGAAUUGCCAGUGCCCGGGCGCACCGUGCCUAAACAGAACGAGUGGGCACCCGCAGCUGCUGUUCCGGGAAACCACCAAACAAUCAAUGCUCACUUGUGAAGAAGCCCGUAUGUUCGACGUGUGUGCGCCCGGACAGAUCGCCAAGGAGCAGCACAAUAUCGGCGAUUAUGUAUACUACAAGAUCAACUGCGUGUGCCCGGCCAACGAGAAUCCCGGCGGCUUCAAAGACAAGAUGACGGAACAGAAGCGUUACUUGGAGAUGACGGAAAUUGAAAAGGCCUACGCCGACAUGAACCCCCGCUCGCGGUUCUUCAAGUGCAGGGAACAAGGCGCGUUUUCGGGAUUCUUCUAAUCUAAACAUUGUGAAGAUGAGCGUAGGAAUGCUUUCAACUAUUCAUCUAUGAACUAGAAAGAACACAACGUAACUCCAAGGAUACUGUUUUGUUCGCAUUGUUCAUUACAAGAAAAAAACACAUACAUGAACAGUUAGUAAGUGUCAAUUGUUUUAAGCUUUGAAUAACCCACUUGAAAACCAAAUCUUGUUAAGUGUUGUUGUUUUGAUAUAAAGAACAACAAUACCCCUGUAUGAGCUAUGUAUCGAUUUGUAUUUGAUAACAUAUAUCAGCAUUAUGGUUACAAACAGUAUUUUUACGUUACACAUUAAACAAACAUCCGCUCAAAACGAUGACUAUGAAUUGUAAUCAUUGAGUUUUAAACAUUCAGUAUUGUUACUAUUAAUGCUCUUUAUUUUUAAUUUAAAUAAUCAGAUUAAUAAAGUUGAUUCAACAUAA